ACUGGCAGCCAUGGAAUGGUUGCAUCGGUUGUCAGUUGUUGUUUCCGGCUUGCCGUUCACCCCACGCGCGCCUGUUUUCCGGUUGCGGCAACGUUUCGGUUUGAUUUGGAUUUCUUUUUUCUCCCACGGAUUCAAGGGAGAAAGAUAAAAUGAGUUCUUCAAUUGGAAUGGAAUCUGUUCUUGCUGAGAUGUUAGAGCUGAAUCGUCCAAGGGUAGAAAGUUUGAGACGGUUGGCGGCUCAAGAAUUGCUGGAUACAAAACUGGAACUAACCACUGCUCAAAAUGUCUCCAAGGGACAUGCAGAUGAGGUGACAAAGAAAGACAAUCGAGUUUUACAUUGGAAAUCGCUCAAUGAUUUGAUGGAACAAACAUCCUUGGAGCAUAAUGCAGAAUGCAACUCCCUCAGGGAAGAAGUUGAUAUAUAUACUCAGCAUUGUGACAAAUUACUGGAUGAAUUGAAGGAGCAAACAACUGAUAUGUGUCAUCGAUUUACAUCGGCACCUGGUCGUUUUGCUGUUGAAAAAGUAUCAGAUGAAAUUGAGGUAUAUCUGAAAGAAUUUGAAGAAAUUUCUUUCGAAAUUCAGAGUACAUGGGACCCAGACAUUGAAACAUCUAGAAGAUUAAUGGAGAACGAGCCUUUCACUCUUUUGGAAUUGCCAGGAUCUUCUACUACUGAAUUUAGAACUGACACGCUAGAUGCAUUAAUAUUUGACUUUCAAGAAAAUACUAAGGAACAGAGUGUGGUUUUCGGACAACUUGAAAAUGAGAUUGCAGCCUUGGUGAAGGAAGAGGAGAUUUAUGGCCAUUGAUCUAUUUCAGAAUCCAUAAUCUUUUUUCGACUUGAUUUUGGUAGGGCAGAUAAUCAAAUUGUAAAAUGAAACAUGCUCCCUUUUCUUUUUACAAAUUACAAAAGACAUUUAUUUAUUUAUUUAUUUUUA